UGUGCGCUCCCGGCCUCUCCGCCUGCGCUCCCGUGCGCUCCCGUGCGCUCCCGGCCUCGCCCGCUUCCCCCGCUUGCACCUGCCGCCGCUGCCGCCUCCGCCAUGGACCUGGUGGGGGCCCUGGACGUGGGCGACCUAGCCGCCGCCUUCGCCCGCCUGCCCGUCUUCCCGGUCUUCGACCUGGGCUACUUCGUCGUCUCCAUCCUCUACCUCAAAUACGAGAAAGGCGCCGUGGAACUGUCCCGCCAGAGCCCUUUCGCUUCCUGGGUCUGCGCCAUGCUCUACUGUUUCGGCAGCUACAUCCUGGCCGACCUGCUCCUGGGAGAGGCCCCCGUCGACUACUUCAGCAACAACGCCAGCGUCCUCCUGGCCACGGCCGUCUGGUACUUGACUUUCUACUGCCCUCUGAACAUCUUCUACAAGUGCGUCAGCUUCCUGCCGGUCAAGCUGGUCUUCGUGGCGAUGAAGGAGGUGGUCAGGGUCCGCAAGAUCGCUGCCGGCGUCCACCAUGCUCACCACCAGUACCACAACGGCUGGCUCAUCAUGGUCAUCGUCGGGUUCGUCAAAGGAUCUGGAGUCGCUCUCAUGUCCAACUUUGAGCAGCUCCUGCGAGGCAUCUGGAAACCGGAAACAAACGAGCUCUUGCACAUGACCUUCCCUUCCAAAGCCAGCUUAUACGGGGCUCUGCUUUUCACGCUGCAACAAGCUCACUGGCUUCCUGUCUCCAAAGCCACCCUGAUAUUUUUCUUCACCCUCUUCAUGAUCGUCUGCAAGGUCUUCAUGACGGCGACCCACUCCCACGGCUCCCCCUUUGCCCCCUUCGAAGGGGUCGUCUGCCCCAUCCUUUUCGGCUCCGUCCCCUCUGGCCACCACGACGACCACCACCACCACCACGGCGGAGGGGGGCACGAAAUGCCCCCUCCGCAGCCCCCCCAGCUGCCGGCCAAGUCGCGGGAGGAGCUGAACGAAGGGACGAGGAAGAGGAAGGCCAAGAAGGCUGAGUGAGACCCCCCCCCAGGAGGAAGGAGACUGGGGGACGGGGGACCCUGCCCGACCCCACGGCUGACUCCCGGUGUGACCUUUUCUCGCCCAUCUUGGGGAGGGGGCUCCUCAGGACACAGAAGCUGCUCCAGGACCCCCACCUCGAGAAAAAACAAGGACCCCUUUUUGCAACGGCCAGACCACCCUUGCUCUUCCCCCCUUCUUGACCCCAUGGAAGAGCUGCUGUCCUGGCACAGGGAGCGGCCUGGGAUUCGGCUGCACUUGGGGGGCCUCUGGAAUCCAGCCGGACCCCCACCAUUAUUACGUGGGGCAGUGACUCGUCUCCAGCCCCCUCCUGACUGGUUCCUGCGAGAAUCACUGGGCAAAGCGCUUCCACCGUUCUACUCGUGUGCCAUUGCUGUGCCUGUGUGUAUUUGUGUGUUUGUGUCCCUCCCCAGAGCCAGCUGCAAUUGCAGCAGUGGGGAGCGUGCAAGGUUCUGGGGCCCUGAGCCCAAAACCCCACCUAAAUUAUCUAUUUAUUGACAUUUUUUGCUGCUCGGGGAAUUUCAGAGCUGCCCUUUCCACCUCUCUCGGUUGCCCCUCCUUGCCGCCAGUAGAAAUUAUUAUUAUUAUUAUUAUUAUUAGGGAAUGAUUAUUCCCUAAAUAAAAUAAAAGUUUGGGGAAGCUUUUAAUGUUUGAUGCAUUACGGUAU